AUGUCGUUUGUUAAGUGCUGUUUUGAGGCGGGAGAGGGCCACGAUUUUUUGGACUCCUUUGUACAAAAAUGUACGGAUCCAGGAUGCUGCUGCGGCUGCUGCUCGGCCCUCCGGCCGCGCUACAAGCGGCUGGUGGAUAACAUCUUCCCCGCUUCCCCGCAGGAGGGCCUGGUGAAGUCCAACAUGGAGAAGCUCACGUUCUACUCGCUGUCUAGCCCAGAGAAGCUGGAUAGGAUUGGAGAAUAUUUGUUCCAGAAGGCUAGUCGGGAUAUUUAUAGAAGGAGGCAUGGAUUCGUCGUCAUAGCAAUGGAAGCGAUGGAUCAACUUCUCCUGGCCUGCCACUCUCAGACCCUCAACUUGUUCGUGGAAAGUUUCCUCAAGAUGGUGCAGAAGCUUCUAGAAUCCACAGAUCCUGAACUUCAGACCUUGGCUACUCAGAGCUUCGUCCGCUUCGCGAACAUCGAAGAAGACACGCCGUCGUACCACCGGCGCUAUGACUUCUUCGUAUCAAAGUUCUCAGCUAUGUGCCACAGCAACCACAAUGACAAGACCAUGCGGGACAAGAUACGACUCGCCGGCAUACAAGGCUUACAGGGCGUGAUUAGAAAGACAGUAUCCGACGACCUGGUGGAAAAUAUAUGGGAGGCCCAGCAUAUGGAUAAAAUUGUGCCUUCUCUGCUUUAUAAUAUGCAGAGUGCAGAAAAAUACGAGACUCUAUCCUGCAUGGAUACAGACACACAAGAUGGAGUAGAAGACACACCGCCUCGCCUCGCCGAGGCGUGUCUCCGGGAGUUAGUCGGCCGCGCCUCUUUCGGACAUAUUCGUAGCAUACUACGACCGGUUCUAACGCACUUCGACCGACACGAGCUUUGGGUUCCGAACGACUUCGCCGUACAUACUUUUAAAAUCAUAAUGUUCUCCAUACAAGCGCAAUAUUCAUACAGCGUGGUAGAGGCACUAAUGCAGCAUUUAGAUGCGGCCGGUGGCGCCGGUAACGAUCCCCGAGCGCGGACCAGGGUCCGGGCCGCGCGGGCCGGCGUGCUCAGCAAUAUUGUCGCCAUCGCCGCCGGAGACAGCGUCGGUCCAUCGGUUUUGGAAAUUAUCAACAACCUCCUUACCAACCUUCGAGCGUCUGUGGCCAGAGAUUCAGAGAAAGAAACCGACGAAAAACUAUACCAAGAGGCCCUCAUCAACGCCCUAGGAGAGUUCGCUGACCACCUCCCCGACUUCCAGAAGAUCGACAUCAUGAUGUUCAUCGUCAGCAAGAUCCCCAGCAGCCAGCGGCAGGGGAAGAGCAGCAAGGCGGACGCCAUGCUGCAGAGUAUUCUAUUGAAAUCGCUGCUCAAGGUGGGGACAACGUACAAGACGAGCGAGCUGAGCAAAGCGUUCCCCGCGGCAUUCCUAGACGCUUUACUUCGUCUAUCGGGCGCGGGCGAGCCUGCCACACGAGCGUUGCUGCAGCGCAUACUGCACACGCUACUCGAUAGGAGGCAGAACGCACAUAACCUGCAUACGCCUACGCUGGCGUACGCGGAACUCGGGCUGUCGAUAGAGAAGUGCUCCCGGCCAGACCUCAUCUUCAUCAGCAAACACGGCUAUGCCAUAUUCAGCUCUCUCUAUGAUGGUCUCCAGUUGGAAUCGAACACGGUGGAGAACAUCGAGGCUAUCUACACGACACUGGCGCUUUUGAUCAUCGAGCUUGGUUCAGAGGAGACUGUUUGCGAUUUCAUGCAACUUAUACUGGCAAUUCAGCAGUCCGCCUUGACCAACCCCGUCCUGACUGUGGGCCAGCAGUGCCAGCUGCACGCCGUGUGCAUCUCGCUGGGGCUGCUGCUGCCCAGGACCAGAGCACAUGACUACUUACUGAAGAUAGUGCAAGCGCGGCGAGAGGACGCACCACACCUGUUACCACCGCUGUUAGAAGACUACGACAUCACACCGGCUAAGAUGCCGAACAAGUUCCCCUACCUCAUGAUUGAUCAGAUGGAGCUGUGCGAGUGCCUGAAGGCGUCGGGGCUGGAGGCGGCGCGGCUGCAGGCGCCCUCGCCCUACGUGGCGGGCGGCGUCAGCCUCGCGCACCGCCACAGCUGGCUCGAGACCGGCGCGGCCGCGGGCAGAGACAGUCUCGCCGACAUCGGAGCACCCAACGAGAUGGACAGCGCUAACAGCUCGCCAGGAGUACAGCGGCAGCACGAGGCGCUGGACGAGGAAUACCGCGUGUUCGUCGAAAAAUACAACCACAAUUACCGUCCAGUGAUGCAACAUUUCGCUAUUUACCACCCGCAACAACCCGAGAGCGUCAGUCUAGAAGCUUUACGUCGCGCCGCCACCGGCCCCAGCGACGCCGAGCGACGAGAGGCCGAAAGACGACGGGCCUCGCUCAACAGCGCCUUCCGAACCGCGCCCUUCGACCAUCUAGUCAGCCUUACACAACCCAAGUACGAGCUUAAAGACAAGCUAGAAGAGAUCUUCAGCUCCAUCCAAUCGGAGCCCCUCCUGCCUCGCUCAGCCUGCUCUCCUACGGCAUCACACCAGAGCAACCUUCACAAGCACACCAAGUAUCUGCCCGAGCUGUUCCUAUACUAGAUAAUGUUCCCGUUCAACAGCUUAGCUUCUAUCAAAGGUUUAUUGAUAGUAGAAGAGUUGUACAAUCUAAGAAAAACCUUGACCCGAAUUGCCAAAUGUCAACUUUUGACAACCGUAUGUACUGCAUAACGUACAGCGCCAUAAGCUAUUAAAUUCUAAGCGCGUUUUUUUCUUAGACUUUGCAUUUCUUCUACAAUGAAUAAUUCUUUGGCUUCUAUAAAUACCUAAAUAUAAUUAUGAUAUUAAUUCUACUAGCUGUUAUAUCGGCUUUAUGAUUUGUUUAUAUCAAUGUUAAUGUUCAAAUUCGACUAAUACUAUUAGAAAAUGCUUCUAAUCUUGCUCAAAAACACUUGUACUAUUGAUUUCUAGUAAGCCUUUUGAAUCUUAGCUUGAAUGUAUGCGGGCAUCGUAGCCUAAAGGUGCGUGCAAUUGUAGAGUUGUGUAUAUGACAUUAUGUAUACGUAAUCAAGAAAUCAAAUGCGUUACUCAUUUAUUUUAUUUAAAUGUGAAAUUCGACGACUCAUAACAUUCCAUGUAUUCGAAUCUCUUGCUUUUAUUAUAAACUACGAUUUAUAUUUAUAUUGUUUAUGAUAUAUUCGAUUUAUUUACAAAAUUAACAUAAUUAUCCAAUUACAAUACUAUAAAACUUAAAAGCUAAAUUUAAAAAUAAAUAAUACUAACCUUAAAAUAAAAUACUAAAAAAUAUCCCCCUGCGGCAUGGUGCCGUAGAUGCUGGCAGCAUUUCCUCGCUGUACUGCUAGACUAAUUCUUUGAGCGAGGACGCUGCCAGCUCUGCGGUCACCUCUGCUAACCUUCUGGGUAGUUCCUUAAUAAGCUUUAGGGCGCUUGGACCCCACGGCCCUAGGGUCUUAACGCCAUAAGGUACGAUAUUGUAUUCGGCGCUGAGACCCUUAUAUUUAGGCAUUUUUAAUUUUUCGGCCGCUUCUGCCGUCGCGCCGACCUUAAGAGAUGUGCCGUGGAGAUGAGAUGGGGUUAGGGUGUCUACACAGGUGACGUGGUGGCAAAGGGACCCCCCUUUGUUUGACAUAAUUAUUGAAAGUCAUAAUGUAAUGAUUGUCAUAUUAUCAUUAGUCAUAAUUCUGAAACUGUUAACUUUUCAGGAUUUUCCUCAGGUUAUCCUAUAGAUAGGUUAGGUUAGGUUUGUUUUAUGGCAAUCCUGAAAAAUUACGCGUUUCUGAGAAAAAACAAAUUAUGACUAACGAAAAUGUGGACAAACAAUACAUUAUGACUUAAAACUAUAUGGGAAACAAUAGAGACCCGGUGGCAUUAUUUACUUAUGUAUAUACUUUAUAAUAUUUUUUGUGCUUUGGUGCAAAAGUCGACCUUAUUGUGCAAAAUGUAAGGUUGGAAUUUCAACUCAAUUACCCCUUAUCAAUGAAGUCUAAAACAACUUGAAAUCCAGUAAUAUAUCUAUAAAGUUGAUAUUUAGCAAACUUUUAUUAGUCAGUUUGAAUGAAAUAUCUUGGUUGUUCGUAAACAGUUCGCUUUUUUUAAAUUUAAAUGGGCGCAAGCGAACUAAUUUAAACCUUACUUGAAAGUGUGAAGGUUACUUUGACAGCGUCCGCCAUAACCCAUAACACUUAUACAUAGUUGUUCAUUGUUCAUGGCGCUGUGGGGACUAGUUAGUUAGUUACGACGCCUUUAGGUGUUUUUGGCGUUUAAAAGGUUAACUUAUAGAAGAUACUGUCCGCGCGCGAAUUCCGUGCACGGCUGAGGAAUGUUAGGAAUGUUGGGCGUCAUGACCGAGUAGUGUCAUUUUGUACGUACGGGCGCGACGCACACCCCCCCACUUCCUCGACCUCUGAAUGCACGGAAUUGGCGCGCAGACAGUAGUUAACGACGACCGGUCUGGCCUAGUGGGUAGAAACCCUGCCUGUGUAGCCGAUGGUCCUGGGUUCGAAUCCCGGUAAGGGCAUUUGUUUGUGUGAUGAACGCAAAAUAUUUGUUUCUGAGUCAUGGGUGUUUUUUAUGUAUAUAAUUGUGUAUUUAUCUAUAUAAGUAUGUAUAUCGUCGGUUAGCACCCAUAGUACAAGCUUUGCUUAGUUUGUCGUAAUUUUAUUUUAGUUACAGUCGGAGUCCGAAGUCGCUGUACACUAUGACCCAUAACCCAAUGACCCAACCACCAAUGACCCAUAGGUCAUGAUGAAAAUGUUUAUAGUAUAGCUCUCUUUGGGAUGACAGCUGCCACUUCCAUACUUAAUGUUGAUCUGUUUGUUGAAGAGAAUCUAAAGGGGAGGGGGCAUGUACUGUAGGGGGCAGCACAAGAGCACCCUGAUUAUUGGCGCGAAAUGUAAAUGUCAAGCUUAAAACCUAUUUCUUAAUUGCGUAGACUAAAAUGACAUUUCAUGUGUUGCUAGUUUUUUACGCCUUUUAAAUAGUGAUGCGCUACAACCGGUACUAACCGAAAAUAAACUAUUGGGAGGUACUUAUAUUUGUUGAUGAAGUGUCUGUAACACAAUAAAUGGAUAAUCCGUGACGUGCUAAAAGGGGACACUAGGAGAGGUAUUAAAAAGGGUGAAAUAGUGUAGGUAAAAAUGUGAGGUGAGGGCUUCUUAAGGGGUGAAUUCUGGAAUAAAAAGUAUCCUAUGUCCUUCCCCGGGACUCAAACUACCCCUAUACCAAAUUUCAACUAAAUCGGUUCAGCUGUUUAAGCGUGAAAAUGUAACAGACAGACAGACACACUUUCGCAUUUAGAAUAUUAAGUAUGGAUUUCCUAUCAUUUAGCGAGUAGAUUUCAUUUAUUGUUUAUUUUGAAUCUAAAAUUAAUUUAAUAUUUAUCGGUUAUUCACAAACCGAAAUCAAAGAUCAGCACUGUUUGUUUUAAGCUGGUAUCAUUAUUUCUACGUUUGACAUUUGUGGUUGUCAUUUUAGUCUACGCAAUUAAAAAAUAGACUUUAGGUUAAUAAUUUAUGCCACAAGAUGGCAGAACAGAACCUACAACGCGCAAGGUAGCGUGCCCUAUAGUUAGGGGACAGCACCUACUUUAACGUGAAGUGUCGAUGUUAAGCUUAUGUUUCCGAUUUAGGCCACAAGAUGGCAGAUCCUCCUUCGCGCAUGAGCCCUAAAGGCGUUAUUCAUAAACUUCUGUCAAAUUAAAAAUGUCAUUGAUAAUAGUUGGGCCCUAUCUAUUAUUUGUGAUUGUUAGAAAGUGACGAAGAUACAGAAAUUUUUUAAAUUUAUUUUUAGUAGGAGGGUAGCCCCUCCCUACCCUACUUUGUAAAACGUAUGUACAGUCGAAGGCAAAAAUAUCCAUCCAGAUAAAUAGCUCAAAAAUAUGUGAACACGACUUUAUUGUCUAAGGUGUAAGAGCGUGCACAUAUUUUUGAGACUUUGGGAAUGUAUAUAUAUUUAUGCCCCUAACUGUACGUAGGUGUAUAGCGACUUUUGAUGUUGAGUGAACAUGGAUUGGUAUUAUUCUUGUAAAAUAUGACUUGAUGUAUUUAAUUAACAUAUUAUAGGUUUAUAUCGUUAUAUAAAAACGCAAUACUAAUAUACUGCCAAUAGAUUCAAUGAUUCUAAAUAAAAUAGCCUAAAUAUUAAGUUGGAGUUCACUAUACGAACUUGUUUGUGUGUAUUUGUCAAUGUCAAUUUUGUUGUAUUCUGUUUAAGGUGCACUUACACUAGCAAUUUAUCAAAUAUUAAAUAUAUUAAUAACGGGUCACUCACGUGUUUCAAGUCGAAAACGCUCGACAUGUUUCACUCCGUACCGAGGAGCGUCAUCAGGAGCUUGAGUGACCCGUUAUUAAUAUAUUUAAUAUGUCUGUGUAGCACGGAAGUUUUGUUAUUAAAAUUUAUCAAAUAGUCAAUUUAUUAAAAUAAAAUCGAAAUUCCUUCAACUCAAAAAUGACGUAUGCCACUUGAAAGGUUAUAUAAAUUACCAAAGUGCGCGAUCAAGAUUUUCUUGUCACUUUUCGCCAUGGCUACAUAUAUUAUAUGUAUAAGCUAUAUGGAACGCUUAAAAGCUUGUCGUUGAAACAAUAAUAUGAAUUGGUCGUGUAAGUGCACCUUUAGAUUUUUUGUUGUUAGAAGGUACAUUAAUAUAUACUUAAUAGUUAGUUGGUAGACCGAUGUGACAGCCUACUAGUAUAUUCUAGUAUUUGAAAAGAAAAAUUUACCCUAUGGUAUUAAAAUGGUAGCGAAACUGAACUGUCUCUUUCCAUUUUAUUUGGUGUGAAUGAGAUAGUCCAUAACAGUUGGGCUGCUACAAAAGUUGUAAGAUAUAUUCUCUGAUAUAAUAUAUUCUAUUACAUAUUAUGUAUGUAGGGUAGUUAGGUCUGUUGGUACAUGGUGAAUUGAUCUAAUUAAUAUUAAUGAUAACUAUGAUAAGUAAUGGUUGAUGGCUUUUUCGCCUUAAUGGUUAAUUUCCAAUAUGAUUAUGUUGAUACUAGCACAGAAAUAAAUACGAGUAUACCAUAGAAGACGCAAAUGCAUCUACUUCGCGUCCGAACUCCGACCAAGCGUCGAGGUUGACCGUCGCUCUUUACAGUCCACGCGCGUCAGUUGUUGCAGCCGGACGUCCGAGAAAACUUAAAAAAUGCUUCGUUGCAUGAUAAUUAACUGCAACAGCCAAAAAAUUGCGAGCUCCAACAUAUUUACUUUUAUUUUAACACCUGCCUCCUUAAAAAUGAUCUCCGCUCCUCUAAACUUUAUUCUCUUGCUUCGUCCUUAAACCUAAGCGUUUUACCUCUCACAGCUACACAUUUCCCGCAUAACGGCCCUCCCUCUUUACUAGACCUCAUUAUUACCUCUUCUCCAGACUUAGUUUCCUUUCAUGGUCAGUUUAAUGCUGCUGGCUUCUCCAACCAUGAUUUAAUAUACGCUGCUUUUAAAAUCCGUCCUCCAAAACGAAAGCACAAAAUUAUAAUGCGGCGAAACCUGCGGGACUUGGAUUUGCAAGCCUUUUAUGCUGACUUAUCUAGUGCAGAUUGGCAAGGGUUAGAUCGUCUUGCAGAUAUAGACAUGAGGGUGAGGGCUUUUAAUGAUAUGUUGCUUGCGACUUUUGACAAAUAUGCGCCGUUGAAACCUAUGCGCGUUAAACACUUUCCUGCGCCUUGGCUUACGCCGGAUAUUAAACUACUGAUGGCCAAGCGAGAUCGAGCCCGCGUAAAAUUUCGAUUGAAUCCCUCUGAUGAUAAUCGCCAGAAGUAUCUGUCACUGCGUAACCGCUGCAACAAAGUCUGUAGGGAGUCAAAGCGUCGAUACAUUCACAGCUCAAUUGAAGACUGUCCCCCUGCGAAGUUAUGGAAGUUUUUAAAAUCCCUUGGCUUGGGCAAAUCUCAAUCAAGUUGCUCUAGUUUUCUCGAUGUAAACGGUAUUAAUCAAUUUUUCAGUAUUUCGCCGGUAACACUUGAUCCGUCAGUUAAAAGUUCCACCUUAUCGCUUCUUGCGACUACUACAUCUAACUCCAAUUUAGAAUUUUUUGAGCUCGGCUGUAUUUCUGCACAAGAGACACAAGCAAUCCUCAAAACUAUCAAGUCGAAAGCCGUCGGUGACGAUAACCUCAGUGUAGAUAUGCUCAUGCUCGCGGCGGAUUUCAUCUCUCCUAUCAUUUCCAACAUUAUAAAUUUUUCCCUAUCCACGGGCACGUUUCCGGCUUCCUGGAAGUGUGCCCAUGUCACCCCUCUACCGAAAACCUCCAUUCCUGCUUCUUUCUCCCAAUAUCGUCCUAUUUCCAUUCUUCCUGUAGUAUCAAAAAUUAUUGAACAUUAUGUUAAUCGCCGUCUCCUAUCCUAUCUUAAUAGAAAUUUGUUAUUUAACUCAUUCCAAUCUGGAUUCCGCCCCGGGCACAGCACAGUCACCGCUUUAGUUAAAGUCACCGACGACAUCCGGUUUAAUAUAGAGUGCAAAAUGCUAACUGUCCUUGUUCUUCUCGACUUCAGUAGUGCCUUUAACACAGUGGACUUUGACAUCCUUCUGGGCACACUCAGCAGUCUUAACAUAUCCCAAACCACUUUAUCCUGGUUUCGUAGCUACCUUACUGGCAGACGCCAGCGUGUCAGAGUCGACGACAAGCUGUCCGACUGGUGUGAGCUUUCCGCUGGCGUCCCGCAAGGAGGAGUACUUUCGCCACUUCUUUUUUCUAUUUUCAUUAAUGGUAUCACGAAAGCACUUACGUCAUCAUACCAUCUUUACGCGGACGACCUACAGAUUUAUGCAGCGGCUAAUAUAGAUGAUCUUGCUUCAAUGAUUACUCAAAUCAAUUCUGAUUUAGAGUCCAUACGGGAUUGGGCGUGCAAAUUCGGUUUGAAGAUUAAUGCCCAGAAGUCGCAGGCAAUUGUCAUUGGUGGCCCUUACUAUGUAGCUAAGCUCUCAGACAUGGUGAUACCUGACAUUUUUUUUGAUGGGACUAAAAUCCCCUUUUCCUCUACUGUCCGAAAUUUGGGUGUCAUCAUGGACCAGACGCUUUCCUGGGAACCCCACGUGGCUGAGGUGAGUAAAAAAAUUUUUGGUUCCCUACACUCUCUUCGACGACUUCAGAAUUUCCUCCCUCUUCGUACCAAAUUGACUCUUGCCCGCUCUCUCUUGCUCCCUCUACUAGACUAUGGUGACAUUGCGUUCUUGGAUCUUAAUGAGGAAUUGCUGAAUAAACUUGAGCGCUUACAAAAUGUCUGUAUCAGGUAUGUGUAUGGCCUCCGUAAAUACGACCACAUUUCUAAUUUUCGUAAGCAGCUCGGGUGGUUACCGAUCCGCCAGCGCAGGGAUGUGCAUGUUCUGUCGUUGCUUUUCAACAUACUCUUCAACCCCUGUUCCCCAUCUUACCUAACCGAGAGAUUUAACUAUCUGGCUGAAGGAAGUGAUCACCGCUUACGUUCUAGUGCUAAUCUUACGCUUGCUAUCCCUUCGAAUAAGUCUCGAACGUACGCAAAUUCAUUCACAGUGCGCGCGGUGAAGUUGUGGAACGAGUUGCCCCUGUCGCUCAAACGGUCCCGGUCUGUAGCAUCACUCAAAGUUAAUCUGAAAAAGCUUUGGCUUUCCCACGAACUGUGAUUUGGUUGAGUGCUAAUAUAUAUAUAUAUUAUUUAUAUAUUAUAUAUAUAUAUAUAUAUUUAUUUAAUAUUUAUUUAGUACUAUAUAUUUAUGUAUGCUAGUACAUAUUUAUUUUAUUGCAUAAUGCAAUUGAUGUAUUUUAGUUAUUCGUAGACGUUAAUAUUGUAGUUUUCCUUCUUAAAUAUUAUUGUACGUUCUGUAAGUUUGUCUAUCUAUCUAAUUCGAAUUUUCCACUCAUUUACUCUAAGGUUAGCUGGAAGAAAUCCCUUAUAGGGAUAAGCUCGCCUUUGUACCUAAAUUUAUAUGAAUUUCAUGUUAUCAAUUUUUGUUUUGUACAAUAAAGUGAUUUACUACUACUACUACUUUACUAUCACAAAUACGUUAUUUUAAAAUUAUAUUAUGCGUAAAUUUUGUAUGAAAAAGUCGGCACGCUUGGUUUCAAUACAAAUCGUGGUAUUUGCGUCAUCUAGCGUAUAUAUUAAAUCUGUGUAUACUAGUUUGUUUAGAGACAUAUCAUUUAUUGAUCAAUGCUUCAGUUUUCGAGCUACAGAUUUAUUUGUAGGUAGAUUAAUUGGAUUGACCAAGUCUAAAUUGUUUCAUGCUGACAACACCCAGAAGACUCUUUUGGUCGGUUAAAGGCCAGAGAGCACAUCGGCUGCGUGUUGGUAGACAAUGCGCACACUUCACGCAAGCGAUGUGCCGUCUCUCAUAAGGUUCUGUAUAUUACAACGCGCACGUACGCACACGCAUCCGUCGUGCACAGGCCGGUGUUGUCUGGCCUUCAGAAUUUUUGUCUGUGGUUAUGCAUUGAUAUUGUUAUUUUAUUUGAUACUUAUAAAUAUAUGUGCGUUCGGGUUGUAUUAUGACGGUUAAUAAAUAUGUGGUUUGGACCGA